AUGGCCAACGAAAUUCGAGUUUUUCUUCAAACAAAACAAGGCCAGGACAUUAUUCGUCGACAGAAAACUGCUCAUUCGUUGCCGUUCGAACCGGAUGCCAUAUAUUUCGAUCAUUUUGUGUCGGUUCGACCAACAUGUCUUGUCGUCAAAAAAUUCUUUUUGCCUUCAGAAAUCGCUUAUGAAAUCAGUUGGGACAAAAUUAAAGAAAUCAAUUAUAAUCCACAGGCGAACGAGGAUCGAACAAGAAUCAAGGCGAAAGGAAUGGAUGUCGAAGGAAGAUGGUGGGCUGUCGACGCUUUGAGAGUUUACGAACGCGAAUUUCCACUUUACAAUAUUCGAAUGAAAGCAGACACGAAGCCAUCAAAAAUUGGAUUCUCGGUCGUCGAUUUGGGCAAAUUUUUAACGGCGUGCCGACCGUUGUUAAAUUUUAAGUAUCGAACGAGCGGAAAUUUGCCAAUUCUUUCACAAGACCGAAAGCAUAAUGCAGUGUAUUGUGAUUUUCAUAAAGAUUGCAAUGGACUCCAUGAAUAUUGCCUUCGACGGAACGGAAUGCUCGUCGAUACAAAAACAAAAACGCCAACUCCGUUUACCAAAUAUGGAGUUUGUGUUUCGUUUCCGAAUGCGUGUAAAGACUCACAAGGAGUGUUUUCGUUUGCGUUUCGAUCGCCCGUUACCGGUGGCGAAUGUGCCCAUCCUGAGCAAUGCACACAUCCAUUCCCUGGAGCCAAACAACUCACAUUAUGCGCCGAUGCUCAACACGAAUUGCCAUACAUCGGAAAGCUGCAACUCGAAGAAAAAAACGAUCUGAUUGAACCGAUAGUCACCAGAACGAAAUGCCAUCCGCUUCUUCCGAUCGGAAAAGCCAAUCUCGCAUUUUGCUAUGAACGAUUGGGAAGAAUUGCGAAACUCGGACGAUAUCAUUAUCGGACAAAAGUCAAAGUGCGAAAGACAUCAAAGAAAUGCGAAAUUAAUCGCGAUUGCGGAUCUCCUGAAAUGGUGUGUGUUACUGUUGAUUCAGUUGGAAGAUGCUUUCACAAUCCAUUCGUAAGAUUCCAACGCUCAUCGUUGACAUCAGCUUUUCUAGAGACCGCCUGUAGAUUAUUAUUAUCGGACAUGGUCGGUUAUGCUGAUUCUUUCAUUGGCAUCGGCGACAACGUUUUCCCUGGCAACGGUUGGGUUUGGCAUUCUUGGCUUUCGUGA